AUGAGUGCAGCAGCGGCGAGUGGACAGGUAUGCAGCACCGUCCCGGAGAUCCGGGUGCUAGGUAUGGGCAUCGGAUUUUUCCUGUACCUGCUGUUGGUUCUGUUCACAAUAUCCGUGCUUGUCACCCACCACGACAAGUUCCGAAUCGGGAAGCAACUUGGUUUGGCGCAUCUGAUCUUCCUCCUCCUCAUCAUUCUGCUACCAAAAAAGUCCACCGAAAAGGAGGAGUGCGGACCACGAACAGAUUCGCAGGGUCUGCUGACGUUGGUAAUGACGCUGAUGCAGGCUGUUUUCUCGUGCUUGGCGAUGCUGGGUGUGCAUUUACAACUGUGGGGUAAACCCGUUUUGACCGUCUCGAAGGAAGACCGCGCCACCGGGCACACCAGCGCAGACGGUGUCUUUUUCUGA